GGGAGGAAGUAUGAGACUGCAACGUUUCAACAACAUCUUAGAGUAGUGAAGUCUCUCUCUGUCUCUCUCUCUGCAAGAUGACAGUAGGAUCUGUGAGAAGACAGUGAGGCAGGGAAAGUGUCAGUGCUCCAGAGGAAGACGAACCUCUCACCGUCGUACUUCCAUGUGUAUCAUUUCAUCCAAAAUGAAGAGCUACAUAACAGAAGCCCUUUCAAACUUCUUCUUCGAGUAUGAGACCCCUCGGCAGGUCCUGGUGAGAAACAGAAGAGUGGGAGUCGUCUGCAGACUCAUCCAGCUGGGGGUCCUGGCUUACAUUAUCGGGUGGGUGUUCAUCUAUGAGAAAGGCUACCAGACCGUGGACAUAGCGAUAGGCUCAGUCUUCACUAAGAUGAAGGGAGUGGCCUACACUGAUAUCAGUGGAGAGGAGAGGGUGUGGGAUGUGUCUGAUUAUGUCUAUCCUGAUCAGGGUGGCGAGUCUUUUGUCAUAAUGACGAAUUUCAUCAUUACAGAUGGACAGACCCAAAGCAUGUGUCCAGAGUUGCCAGAUGGAAAGAACACCUGCAAUUCGGACGCAGACUGCACGAAGGGCCAAUUUAAACGUACGGGAAAUGGGCACAUGACAGGGAAGUGUGUGAACACAACCAAUACGUGCGAGAUCAUGUCCUGGUGUCCCAUCGAAGAUGACAGGACAAUUCCAAAUCCUCCACUUCUCUCUGUGGCUGAGAACUUCACACUCUUCAUCAAAAACUCCAUCACCUUCCCAGCGUUUGGAGUAGUCAGGAGUAACCUGGUGGAAGGUGUGGAUCAAAGAUACAUCAAAAAGUGUUUGUAUGACCCUGAUGAGCACCAACUGUGUCCCAUCUUCAGACUCGGUGACAUCGUCAGGCUCUCUGGCUUCAAUUUCUCUCAGAUGGCUGGAGUGGGUGGAGCUAUAGGGAUACUCAUUGAAUGGGAAUGUAAUCUGGACCUCAGUCUCCAAAGAUGCAUCCCCAAGUAUGGAUUCCAUGGCCUCUAUGGAAACGCCAAAGAGGGAGAAAGUAGCCAGGCAUCAGUGGGCUACAAUUUCAGAACGGCAAAAUAUUACAUGGAGGACAAAGUGGAGAAGAGGACACUGAUGAAGAUCUUUGGCAUACGCAUCGACAUCGUUGUUCACGGACUGGCGAGAAAAUUUGAUAUCAUUCCAACACUGACAGCGAUAGGCUCUGGAGUGGGAAUCUUCGGAGUGGCGACCGUCGUGUGUGAUUUGGUGCUCUUAAAUUUAGUGCCGAAGAAAGACUUCUACAAAAAUAUGAAAUUCAAAUACACAGCAGUACAGGAUGAGGUGCCAGUUAUACAGCUGGACAAAGAGGAUCAGGAAAAGAGCCAGACGGAGAACCCAAAGUGACCACAAUCACAGCAGCCGUUUUGUAGCAGAGAUUAUGGAGAGGCUGAAUGUACCUGGUAAACAUGAAGAGUCACCGUGGCAGAAUGGUCAGAACACACUGUUGUACAUGGACAGAAUUUUGGAACGUCAAGGUACUGUGGACUCUGCAGAUGUGAAAAAAGUGAAAGAACUUCACACUAAAGAAAGCACAUUUGUAAAUAGAUUCUGUUGAUGUAAGAUACUGUACCUGGACCUGCCUCGAGCCCGACUGAUAUACAAGCGAAUUCAAACUAUUCUGCUAAUCAAUAUCAGUCAAAAAAUUAGACUGUUUAGUUGAACAUUGCUUACCUUAAUAUUCUAAAUAUGACUGUAGGUUCAAAUUGUCAAAUUUUCUUUCUCGGAGUUGAAACAGAAAAAAUGUAUACUCAUUUUUCACAGCUCAGAUUUAGUCCUUCACUUAGAAUGAAACGCAUUUGUUCAGCUUAGUUUGGUGUGAAAUGGUUCUAAGUAGAGAAGACUCUGCUUUCAUUACAGCAGAGGUCUGCUCCCACGGGAUUUCAUCCCGCUCCCGCCCGCAACCAAAGCGACUUGUGCCGCUCCUGCCCACGCAGUUCCGUCAAGACGAACUGACAUCCAAUCUCUGGCAUAGUCUAUUAACAAUUACAUUAUCCUCUACUGAAAUAGCACGGCAGUUACGGCCAUCAGGCUCACUGUGUGUAACUUCACCAAACGCCAUUUAUUCCCAGUUAACACAAACAGAAAUUAAACCACAGAAUGGUUAUUUUUGCUGUUUCGCUGGGCUCCACAGCAAUAUAUUGUGGUAGGUCUCGCAGGAAUCCGCAGCAGUGCAGACCUCUCUAUUACAGUGAUGGUGAUAGGAACCAGUGAACCUACACAUUUUAUAAGAUUUUAUAUGCAAUAUUGAUAAUGGUAAAAUAAUGGUAAACAUGAAAAAAAGUUUUUUUGAGGGACUAUUUUCCCUUACAACAAUCUGCAUCUACAGCUACACCAUAAAAUUAUUUCAUGCCAAAAUCUUAAUUCAAAAAUUUCAUAAAACAAAUGUCUCAUGCAUUAUAUAUACAUAUAUACCAUUUCACAGCUCUCUAAUGCAGCUUCUAGGUACAUUCAACUCUUCAGACGUUUGGUUCCCAUCACUGCCACAACUACUCUAAACUGGUAAAUUCCUCAAGUCCUGCUCAUUUCACAUCAAACUGCAAUUGAAUGACCUUCACACGGAUCACAAGGAUCAUGAUCAGAAAUCUCACUUUCAUCAACCCAUAUAUAACAUUUACUAAACAGCCCUUGAAGAACCAUCUUUUCUAAGAGUAAAUAUGUGAGAACUAAGCAGUAUAAAAAGAGCCAUUUUUGAACUCAUUGUUUUUUGCAAUGUCAUGAAAAACUAACCAUAUUUACAUAUAUCCACCUAUUCAGCCUCCAGUGGUUUAGCUCUGCCCACUCACAUGGAGAGAAUCAGAGAAGAGCUCAUUUACAUGCAUCAGAUCUUUACCUUAAAAGUGUUCUAUUUUUUAAAAAGUACACUUGAUAAUCUGAAGUAUGCAGACAAAUCCUUAGCCUCCUAACAUUUGCAGAUUUUAUAGGCCAUAUAUGAUUUAUCGGUCGGGCCCUACACCAAAAACUUCUGUUGAACAUAAACAUUCACAGACCACUUUAUUCGAAACUUCCACCUAGAAGCUCCACCUUUCUGGUGUACAGUUAGAGACUGUAGCCCCUCUACUGACCCCAGAGCUGCUCUUGCCUGCAUGUUUUUGGGUGGUGGACCACUUUCAACCCAACAGUGACAGUGAAGUAAGUAAAGAGCCUAGAAACACCAGCACCAUGUCAGUGUGACUGCUGUGCUGAGAAGACUCCCACCUGGUCAACAGUGGUCCUGUGGUCAGAAACUGACCAACGAUGAAUGAGGUACAUAGUGGAUGAUGAAUUGUACAUGACAACAGAUGAGCUACAGUCUAUAAUUCUGCAUCUAUAUACUACUGUUCAAAAGUUUGGAAUCAAUUUUCAGGUUAAUAAUACAUUUUUAUACAGUGUAGGCUUAAAUUUGUACAGGUUUUAUUCAAUGGUUCAACAUCAUGUUAUCUGCCUAUUUGAUCACCAGUUUCAAAAUGUGAAGAAUUCUGUAUGUUAAUUUUAUUUUACUUGGUAAGAAGGUAAACAGAAGGUAUUUUAGAUGUUUUAUUCAAUAUUGCAAUUGAUUACAAUUUGGAUACUGAAUAUACUGUUAUAUAUAUAUUGCUGCUUUCAGAGAGCAAAACCUCAUAUCUCCAUUUUUGUUGCUUUUCAGUUUUUGUUUGACAUUGAAAAUGCCUGCUGCCCUU